UCAAGAAAAGAGCGUUCAUAGGGGAGGGGGGCGAGGGAAGGCGAGGAAAGGAGGGGAGGGGGCAGUGAGGGGGGGAGCAUUGUGUGAGGCAAAACUAUAGAGUUGAACCUAUAGUUCCUAGUUCAGGAAGCAAGUUCCAGUAGAACAGAAGGCAACAAAACAGCAGUGCUGUUGGUGGGGCGUGGCGGGGAGCAGGGACUGAACCCAGGGCUCCGUGCAUCCUAGGAAAGUACUGUACCACUGGGAAGUGAGACAAGUAUAUCUAACAUGGUACCAGGCAUGUGAGCUUGAAAAGGCUCUGGAUUGAUUGACUGCUUAGAGUAAGUGCUUCAAUUAGCCACUUGGAAGAAAUAGGUUAAAAAGCUAAGUUUUUAGUUUUCCAGCAUUACAAACUUAUUGCAGCCAAUAAGGGAUAGAAGAUAGACAGGGUUGAGAGAAAACAGAAAAAUGAGAACCAAGGAAAUUUUAAAAAAAUGUGUUCUUAGCAUGUACAAAGACCUUUGACAAAUAUGCUGUUAAAAUGCAAAAGUAUCCACAGUAAUAUAAAAAGGUGUGGUUUCUUAGUGACUGAGUGAUACAGGAGAAAGGCUUGACUCCAGAAUUCAACCCAAUCUAUAACCAGGUACCUUUUACACUUCGGUUCAUUAACAUUUACAACAGUGCAAUGAGGCAGGUAUCAAUCCACCACCAACAGGCACAAGUUGGGAGUGGUAUCCAGCUUAUAUGUUCAGCGUACAUGUGGCAGAGGAGCUAUUCAACAUCAAUGAAUAAUCCCCAAAUCUGUACAGAGCUAAGUAAUAACAGGUUUUAUACUGCUGUUUAAAUGCAAGAUCUCAUUUAAUUCUAUGCACAUAUACUAUUAUUACCUCUACUUUCCAAAAGGGGAAGGCACCUAAAAGAAGGAAAGCAAUAUGCCAACAGUCACCAAGAGUGAAAACAAAAAGCCAGGAUUGUAACCCAGGUCUGCCUGGUUAGGGCCAACACAUUCUCUCACCCUAGACUACUCUCCAUCAUUCCACACACAUGACAGCUAGUCACAGAACAUCAUAUGUAGCACCAAGAACUCAGCACCCUCUUCAAUCUACUGUCUCCAGUUUGAUCACUUUGGGGUAUGGUAACUGAACCCCGUUUUUUAGAGCUCCUUGGAGUGGGGGUGCAGGAGCACUCAUGUUUGUGAGGCCGGAGGUCAAACUCAGGUGUCAUCUGCUGGCAGAGCAGGAACUUCACUAACAUAGCUAGAUCAUUUGUUACAGUUUAACUUUUUCACCUUUAAUCAAAACAUAAGGCCGAGAGGACUAGUAUCUCUUUCUACUUAACAGAAGUAUAAACAGCAACCUCUUGUUGAGUCCUGUAACAAAUUUAACCAUCACAGUGGGCCUCUUUAAGCAACUCAAACCAAUGGUUUCUAAGCUCCUGCAACUAGAUGAGAACCAGUCUCCUAACUUAAUACAUCUGCUCCUAGAAAUGCUUUCUGCUUCUUACUCUAGUGACAAUUUCUGAAUCAAAGAAUGACAAAAACCAAAAACCAGAAGGAACCGAAUGCAGACUUAAGUAGUUAAUGUGGCAGCGUCAACGUCAGAGUUUGAUGGAAAUCAUCACUUAAGAGCUGUUUGAAGUUAUUAAAUAAUUUGUAUUGCAGAGCUGGAGAUGGCUCCGUCUACAGUAGAUACAGUUCUUACAGUUAUAGGUGGCUCAGAAACACCUCUAACUCUAGUUUCAGGGGAUUCUGUGUCUGCUGGCCUCCAGGCAUCUGUACUUUUUUGUGCUCAGACAUAUACACACUAGUACACAAAGAGAGCAAGAAGGAGAGAACAAAUGUGAAGAAAUAGUUUGUACUUCAUAGCAAGGACAUGCCAGGGGCUUUUUCAUUUAAUGGUACCAGAGACUUGGUAAGGAUUUGCACUUAAUUCCAAUGACAGAAAUGAAAACCUAGGUUAUUUGGGGUUAUUUCUCUAAACUGAACCAGUGUCAUUGCUUGCUGUAGUAGUUUUCAUUUCUAGGACGUGGACUUAAUGGAAAAGGUCUUUUCAAGUCUCCUCUAACUGUUACAACAUGAUUAUACAUCUUAUUUCAGUUUGGUUAGAACAAAGGUACCAAUUUCUACUAAAUUUUGGGCAAAACAAACAAAAUUCUGGCCCUUGAGUGACAAUUCAUCUUUGAGCCAUCCUGAGUCCAGUAGUAAGCAGUGAGCUCCCGGGCCCUCCCUCCAGCACUGUAGCACCUACCCAUCCCUAGGUUCUACUGCUGCGCUUGCACGGCUGCAUCACCGGCUGACUCCUCUAAACUGAAUUAGUGACAUUGCUUACAGUAGUAGUGGAUUUAAGGGGAAAGCUCUUUUAAAGUCUCCUCUAACUAUCACAACAUAAUUAUACAUUUUAUUUCAGAAUAUUGAUUCUUGUUGAGGUUUUAAUAUAGAAUUUAAUAAUCUUUAAAUGCUUUUGUAUUUUAUUCAAACUUCUAACUUGAAUUGAAGAGCUAGUUUUAGUGAUGUUAACUGCCUCACUAAAAGCCACCUAGCUACUAGGUGUUAAAGGGAGAUAGGAGGCUAGAGAGAGAUUCAGUAGUUAAAGUACUUGCUGCUCUUGCAAGGCCGAGAUUUGGUGCCCAAGCUCCACGGUGGCUUACAACUGUUAACCCCGGGGGCUCCAGCACUUUCUUUUGGGUUCAUGCAGCUAAAACACUCAUGCACGCUGGGGCGCGGUGACACACACCUUUAAUCCCAGCACUCGGGAGGCAGAGGCAGGCGGAUUUCUAAAUUCGAGGCCAGCCUGGUCUAAAGAGUGAGUUCCAGGACAGCCAGGGCUAUACAGAGAAACCCUGUCUCAAAAAAACAAAAAACAAAGCAAAACAAAAAAUACACUCAUGCACAUAAGCAAAACUAAACAUUAAGAAAGAAUUGAGCUGGAAUGAAUGUCUUCCUAUUUUGGGUCCAAUGUUUUUAGUACUCUAAACUGCUUUGGUUCAUAGAUAAUAAUAAGUACAAUCAAUACAAAACUGUAGUCUGCUUGAUUUUAACUCAUUGGUUUAAAUGCCAGCAUGCAUAAGCAAUGGAGACAAACCUGUACUGGCCUCACAAGGCAGGUAGUGCUCAGGCAAGUCCUGGUAUAUAUUGAGCUAUUUAAAUAAGCCAUGCAGCAUCGCUUAGUACAUGUAAGGAGCUGGGAGACUAGGAGAAGGAUGAUAACCAGCAACAUUCUUCCUGUGAAACAGCUGAAAUUGUUAAGUCAGUAAGAGGAUGGUCCAAUUAGACUCUGUUGUCCAUAUUUAUGGUGAGCCAUGCAAGUACAGUCAAUAUGAAACCAAGCUGAUUUCUAAGAAAACAAUUGCUAGCAUAUGGGGAUAACCACUACACGUCACUUUGAUAACAAGCAUGCCAUCUGACUGUUAGAUUGUUCUAACUGAAACAGCUCUGUUACUUCUCACUUAUAUCCCAACCUACCCUCACAGACAGGGUACUGAUGUGCUAAGGGAAGCAGGAGGAGGAGCAAGCACAGCGAGAGAGCCACUCUCAAGGGCCAGAUGAGAAAGCACAGUUUCAAGAGUAAAUUAAUUGUUUGUUUGUUUUUUUUUUUUAAGGUGCCAGGUGUGGUGGCACACGACUUUAAUCCCAGCACUCAGGAGGCAGAGGCGGGCGGAUUUCUGAGUUCAGCCUGGUCUACAGAGUACGUUCCAGGACAGCCAGGGCUACACAGAGAAACCCUGCCUCGAAAAACCCAAAAAAAAAAAAAACCAAAACAAAACAAAGGUAAGCAGUUAGAAAUGCAAUUAGCAGUGUGCUGACCUAACCGUGCAGUUGUUUGCUGAAAGCAGCUCAAACAAUUAACGGGGCGCACACAGCUCAGUAACCAUUCGGCUACAGGAGGAUGGACAGAGCAGACAAACACAGCAAAGGAAAUUAUUUCAAAAUGUUUUCUUUUCCAUUUUGUGUAUCAUGUUUUUGUCUGCAUGUAUGUACAUAUGCCACAUGUGUGCCUGGUGCCCAAGGCACCAGGGUAUGAAAAGCCCUGAACCUGGAGAUACAGUUGUGAGGCCCCAUGUGGGCGUGGGGAUUGAACCACGGUCCUCUGUAAGAGCAGAAAUGCCUUUGACCUGUUUGUUAGGCUUGGGUUCCUGGGCUGACCACAGUCAGAGCCCUGUGUGCUGGCUCAUCUGUCUGUUUCACCUUCUCAGGAAACUUGCUGAGCAACGGUCUCCCUAUGUGAAACGGAGCUGAUGAGAAGGUCAGACGAGGACACAGUACCACAGCAACAUGUGGGUCUCUGGAGUGAAAGGGUGCCCUCAGAAGAAGGCUGAGGCAGACUGUUGGCACUUCCUCUCUUACUCCGCCAUAUGGUAUAACCACAUGAAGAUACAGCAGAAAGGCACCAUCUAUAGACCAGGAGGGAUGCCACCCAGUCUAAAGCACUUACUACAGUGGCACAGACAGACAUGGUAGGUGAUACUAGUACCCUAGAACCAGAAAACCCAAAAGACAUCUUAGAGGAGAGUGGGGAACAAAGAACAGACAGGGACAUCACGUGGUGACUAUGAAGUCAGAUACCAGUGUAAUAAGCCUGCAAAAAUUAUGUAAGCAAACACACAGGGGUUAGUUGAUAAUGAUCUCCAAAGUCCUCAGAGACAGAUAAAAUAUAUCACAAGAAAACUAUAGACGAUCAAAACUGGAGAGCACAUGCGGGAACAAAAGAUGGAGGCGCUACCACACAGCUAAUGCUGUAAUAGAAAACGCAAUACGCCAUAGUCCACGCCUGCUCAAGUAUGCUUUUUCUUUUUAAAAAAUUUUAUAUUCAAUACCUUAACAUAAUUAACAAAGUAAAAUGAAGACAUUUCCAUCACUAUAAACAGUGGCUCAUACACUCCACUUUCAAGAUGGAUCAAAACUUUGUGUCUCUGUAUUUGGUUUGAAAAAAAUAUAAAAAUUCUUGGUUUUGUUUCCUAUUUCCUGUCCUGUCUUCCAUCCUCUGAAGACAUUUUCUCCUAAUUGCUGUUAGACUAACUUGCAGCACACCAAAUGGUACGGAAGACAGCAGAAAAUCACAUGGCAUGAAUAGUAACCUCAACAUUGGCUAAUGACAUUGAGAACAACUUGGAACCGUGAACAGGGAUAGGCUGUUUUCCUUUUAAUGUAUUAAAAAAAAAUGAAGCUUAAUGAAAAAUUCACAAAUGAGAGCAGGGCAUCGUGGCACAAGUCCCAGCACUCGAGAAGCAGAGGCAGGUGGAUCUGAGCUUGAGGCCAGCCUGGGAUACAGACCAAGUUCCAGAACGGCCAGGACUACACAGAGAAAACCUGUCUCGAACCAACCCCCCCACCCCCAAGUUAAUAAAUAAUAAAAUGAGAAAAUGUAAGAUGGUGCUGAACAGGGGAUGAUAAUGAUAACCAACUAUCCAAAACAAAGUAAUUGGUUGUAAGUGUAAGACCCUAAAGCUGAAUAUUGGCCUAAGUAACUUUAGUUUCUCUGACAAGCAGAGAAAGUAUUUAACAGCCAGGAAAUCCCCCCCAUCCCCCAAACCUGGAGUUCAUCAGUCAGAAUAACUGUAGUUGGAGGAUACCACCAUUUAACCACGAGAUUAUAAAAAAGCACUAGACAGUAGUCAGUCAAUCUUUAUAUUUAAAAAUAAGAUCUAGAAAUCAAAAUUACAAAUUAAGAAAGAGGAAGAACUUUGCCUUUUCCCUUUCUGCCACCGCCAUGCCAUCCAGACUGAGGAAGACCCGGAAACUCCGGGGCCACGUGAGCCACGGCCACGGCCGCAUCGGUAAGCACCGCAAGCACCCAGGCGGCCGCGGGAAUGCUGGAGGCAUGCACCACCACAGGAUCAACUUUGACAAAUAUCACCCAGGUUACUUUGGAAAAGUUGGUAUGCGGCAUUACCACUUGAAGAGGAACCAGAGCUUCUGCCCAACAGUCAACCUGGAUAAACCGUGGACAUUGGUCAGCGAGCAGACGCGGGUCAAUGCGGCAAAAAACAAGACUGGAGUUGCUCCCAUCAUUGAUGUUGUUCGAUCAGGCUACUACAAAGUUCUGGGCAAGGGAAAGCUCCCUAAGCAACCUGUCAUCGUGAAGGCCAAAUUUUUCAGGAGAAGAGCUGAAGAGAAGAUUAAGGGUGUUGGAGGUGCCUGUGUUCUGGUGGCUUAAAAGCCACACCGGAGGUUAAUUAAAUGCUAACAUUUUCAAAAAAAAAAAAAAAAAAAAAAAAAA